GUAUUUUAAUUAAUAUAGCCAAAUUACAGACAAGAAAAAUAUACUUAAACGGGAUCAGGAAAAUUUUCAUUUAUCAUCAAAACCUGGUUUAUUUUGUUGCACAGUUCCUCACUUCUGUGCCCCUACCCAGUAACUGUCACUUGUCCCAGACUGUGUGGUCAGUCCUUAUCCACGAGCUUGUAGGAGCUUGAGACUGUCACUACCUUUCUGCAGACUCACCAGGGGAAAAAACAUGGUUGAAGCAGAUCGCCCAGGAAAGCUCUUUAUUGGUGGGCUUAAUACAGAAACAAAUGAGAAAGCCCUUGAAGCAGUAUUUGGAAAAUAUGGACGAAUCGUGGAAGUACUCUUGAUGAAAGACCGAGAAACCAAUAAAUCAAGAGGAUUUGCUUUUGUUACGUUUGAAAGCCCAGCAGAUGCUAAGGAUGCAGCUCGGGACAUGAAUGGAAAGUCCUUAGAUGGAAAAGCCAUCAAGGUGGAACAAGCCACCAAACCAUCAUUUGAAAGUGGUAGACGUGGGCCACCUCCACCUCCAAGAAGCAGAGGCCCCCCGAGAGGUCUUAGAGGAGGAAGAGGAGGAAGCGGAGGAACUAGGGGGCCUCCCUCACAUGGAGGGCACAUGGAUGAUGGUGGCUACUCCAUGAAUUUUAACAUGAGUUCUUCCAGAGGACCCCUUCCCGUGAAAAGAGGGCCACCACCACGAAGUGGGGGUCCUCCUCCUAAAAGAUCAGCCCCUUCAGGACCAGUUCGCAGCAGCAGUGGCAUGGGCGGAAGAGCCCCUAUAUCACGUGGAAGAGAUAGUUACGGAGGCCCGCCUCGAAGGGAGCCCCUGCCCUCUCGUAGAGAUGUUUAUUUGUCUCCAAGAGACGAUGGCUAUUCCACUAAAGACAGCUAUUCAAGCAGAGAUUACCCAAGUUCUCGUGAUACAAGAGAUUAUGCCCCACCACCAAGAGAUUACACUUACCGUGAUUACGGUCAUUCCAGUUCACGCGAUGACUAUCCAUCAAGAGGCUAUAGUGAUAGAGAUGGCUAUGGUCGGGAUCGUGACUAUUCAGACCACCCGAGUGGAGGGUCCUACAGAGAUUCAUAUGAGAGUUACGGUAACUCACGUAAUGCUCCACCUACAAGAGGGCCCCCACCAUCUUACGGUGGAAGCAGUCGCUAUGAUGAUUACAGCAGCUCACGGGAUGGAUAUGGUGGAAGUCGAGACAGUUACUCAAGCAGCCGAAGUGAUCUCUACUCAAGUGGUCGCGAUCGGGUUGGCAGACAAGAACGAGGGCUUCCCCCUUCUAUGGAAAGGGGGUACCCUCCUCCACGUGAUUCCUACAGCAGUUCAAGCCGCGGAGCACCAAGAGGUGGUGGUCGUGGAGGAAGCCGAUCUGAUAGAGGGGGAGGCAGAAGCAGAUACUAGGAACAAGCAAAACAUUGGACAAAAUCCCCAUUCCAAGAAACAAACAAAAGUGGAAACUAUUCUGUUGUGACUACCCUAGGACUACUAAAAGGAAAAUUGUGUUACUUUUUAAAAAUUUCCCUGUUAAGUUCCCCUUUGUAAUUUUUAAGUUCUUGUGAGGAAAGAAAAGUAAAACAUGUUUAAGUUUGAUUUAAAAAAUUAGUUUAACAACAUCUUCAACCUGCAGGAAAAUGGCACUCCUAACAGAAACAUCAGUUCUAGAAUGUAGGUUUUUGUUCUGUUUCGGUUUGGUUUGAUUUGAUUUGGUUUUUCGUGCUGGGGAUUGAGCCCAGAGCCUUGUACUGUGGAUGGUAAACAUGUGCUCUGCCACUGAGCUAUAGCUCAGCUUUCAACAAUUGUAAUGUAGAAAACUGCGAAAGUGUUAGAAGACAGCAAAAUUGUUUUAGGUAAAUGUGGAAUUAGAGAUAUGGAGCUUGUCAUCUUAGUCUUAGGCAGGUUAUUUUGAUUCUUAGGUCUACAAGCUACUAAUAAUGUAUAUACUAAUUAUUAUGUAUUGUUUAUAGGCAGUACGUGUUCUGUUUAGGAAGAAACCUAUUGCAAAGAUAAAGGUAGUAUUUACCUGAAAUUUAAAAAUUCAAGGGAAUUUGUCCUUCUGAUGCAUGUUAGGACACAUCAUUAAAAAGAAAUCUAUGUAGUUUAAAAAUCAGAAUGAAAUAGAAAACUGAAAACUCUGUUUCUUCAUUGCAUUAAGUAACCACUUACAUUAGCAUGUUUAUAGAAUGAAUCAUUUCUAAAAUGUUCAAAUUUUAAAAUGUCAACUGCCAUCUGUAUUUAGAGACAACAUAAAAUUAACCAAACAA